AUGUUAACUGUUCUAUCGCAGUUCGAUAAAGGAGAGCUCCUUUUGGACAAAAAAUCUUACCUGGAUAGAGAAGAAAACGAAACUAAUAUUGAGUUGCUGAAGGAGCUUCUUACUAAUCAGAUUGAGCUAUUCAAAGAGGAUGGUGGACUGCCUAGCGAUAUAACAAAGACUGAGAAAGAUGUAGACGAAAUCAUCGAUCUAGAGAUGAAAAUGGUGAAAAUUAUGGACGCAGACGUUAAUACCGACCCGCAAGUUUAUCAUUUGAGGGACAUGCGAAAACUCAUGCCGCUAGUUGACUGGUCUCAAUUCUUCAGUGCUGUCGCUCCCUUUGAUUCCCAAAACUACCUUUUUUCGGAUCCAGAAAUACUUGUAGUCGAUCCUGACUAUCUAAACAGAGUAAAUGAACUCUUGCAAUCAACGGAUUCACGUAUAAUCACAAACUAUGUCUUUAUGCUAUUUUCUCGGAAGUGGUCGGGAGAAAUGGGAGAAAAGUAUGAAGAUGUUGAACAGGAAUACAAUGAAAUGAUGUACGGGCAACAACGAAAAACACAACGAUGGCAGUUCUGCACCAGCACCGCCAUAAAGAAAAUGAGUUACGCUACCGCAGCUUUAUACGUGAAGAAAGCAUUGCACAAGACUACAAAGAAGGAUACACUGGAAAUUGCCAAUGCACUGAAGAAAGAAUUUCGCAAGAUCCUCAACACCAGCGAGUGGAUUGACGAUGAUACUAGAAAUAACGCACUGAAUAAGCUGGAUCACAUGAUUCGUCAGAUAGCUUACCCCGGAUUUAUUCUAGAUGAAAAAAGACUCGACAAGUACUACAGCAAUUUGGAUGUGCGUUGCAACGAUACAUUCAGUGAAAUGGUGGAAAAAGUGACUCAAUGGCAAACCGAGCGCUUUUUCGAACAACUACGGGAGGUUCAAGAUCGUUUUGUAAUAUUUAACUCGGCCCAUGUUACUGCAUCGUACACUCAAGGAACAAACUCUCUGCGUAAGCUCACUGCUCUUACGCUUCGCUCCUUCAUAAGUGCCCGUGGCUGUUUUUAG